UCUUUCAGCCCAUUUGGUCAUCAUGUUCGUCUACCUGCUGCUCCUCACAGUCAUCGUGACUGUCGAGGCUCAGCGAGUUCCAGGCCAACAGAAGACAGAUUCAUGUUUGUGUAAAAUAAAUAGCUCUAUCUGGACUUUCCCUGCUGUGCAGUUUAUGGAAGUCACAAGACAGGUCCAGAUCUGUGAGGACAACCUGAAUGAGUUUGAGGAAAAGGUAAGGAACACAAAUGCAGAACUGCCGAUGAUGGAAGCCACUCUGCAGAACAUCUCAGCCCGUCUGAAAGCAUUUGGUUACCUUCACACAAGUGGACUGUACAGCGCACUUCAUCUGCAACAGCUGAACCAGGAACUUGAGGAAAUCCAUCAAUCUGUCAAUGAAACGCACAUGCAGAACCCCAACAAAGAGACGCAUAACCUACUCAGUGAGUUAAAUAAGGCGAAAAAUGAUGUCCAGAGGAUGUACAAAGAUGAUUUCUUCAACCUAGAGACCAUGAAGAAGAGGUUACGUGAUCUCAACAACCGUGCACAGAGUUGCAAGACCAUGCCAAAUGAUUUCAGAAGUACCUGCCAUCAGCGCAUCAUGACCAGAAUAAGUUCUCCAAGCAUGACCAAGCUCAAUUCCAUCAGCAAGUCCUAUAUUUCAGGUGCUUGGGGCCGUGAUGCCCUGCUAAGCAGUAAGGAACGCUACUGGGAACACUGUCUGGUGAGUGGACACAAACAUGGCAACACAAUCAGGAUGUACAACUCGCGUGAAGACUUCAUGGCUAACAGGAACUACAAGGACGAACAGAUAGCAUCAUCCUACAGCGACAAAAAUGCCAUUCAGGGCUCUGGCACUAUUCUGUAUGACAACACUGUAUUUUAUCAAUGCUACAGCACCGCUGAGAUCUGCAGCUUCAACAUUACAACAAAAGCGACCAAACGUAUGAAACUGGAUGGUGCUGGAAUCGACAAGUUCCCUUUCUGCUACUACAGCUGCCGUGAUUGGACAGACAUCGACCUGGAGGCUGAUCAGGACGCCGUGUGGGUGAUAUACGCCACAGAGGAGAACCACGGCAACAUUGUUGUUAGCCGUUUAGAUCCGCUGGAGCUCAAUAUCACACAUACCUGGAAGACGCAUCUCUUCAAGAGGUCCGUCACCAGCACGUUUAUGGUGUGCGGGGUCCUGUAUGCUACACGCUAUGUUAAUACUUACCAAGAAGAGGUGUUUUAUGCUUUUGAUACAACCACUGGUCAAGAGAUAAACUCUCUUUCUUUGCCCUUUGAGAAGGUUUCUCCUGGAAUAGCCAAUCUGAACUACAAUCCUGUUGAUGGGAAACUCUACUUGUAUAAUGACGCCUAUCUUUUAUCAUACGAUACCUUCUUCUAAGGGCGUUUCAAACGCAGUUACCCAAUAAAAAGUGUGUUGUUUCAAAUUCAAAACUAGUCUGUUUUAUUUCCCACAGAUUUUAUGUAGAUGGUUCAGAAAUGUCUUACUAAUGGCAAUUAAGAGAGCUGCCUCUCAAAAACAUGACAUUCAGAAUCUAUGAGACAGAGGUACAAAUAAACAUACAAACAAAAGCAAAAAUAACAAAUAAAUGCAAACAUGUGAGAAUGGACAUCCAACAAUUAACAUUUGCCGCCUUCAAGUCUGCAAUAAAAGGUACAAAAUGUCAAACUCCAGCACCCUCUGGUGUUUGGAUGGAAGGCUCUUCAGACUGCUGUUUCUUGCUCUUGUGUUCCUGGUUUUGAAUGCUCCUGUUAAGUCUGUUCCUGAUCAUCUGGAAAAUGCAAAGACAAUCCAACAUAUUCUACAAACUUCAUGCUUAAUGUCAGUACUUACAACUCAACAUUAGCUUUACUGAGGCGAAAGCAAUUAGAAAGCAUAUUAUUGGAUGAGCCAUAUUUGAAUCGC